AUGGGUAUAAGAGAAGGGACGCGAGAGGGGUUGGUCAUUCUUCUCUGGAAGAAACCACCUGUCACGCUGUACCAAUCUCUUCGUCCAGGGACGGCUCCGAGAACCAUGGCUGGCUUCACCAACUUCACCCUAGGACUUGGCUGUCCAUCAUCGAUGGGGAAACGAAUCUCCACUCUCACCUUUGAUAACAUCCCCAAGGGAACAAGAGUUAGCAGACAGCCAACAGAACAAAUGUAUUGGCUGGAUAUAGAUAUCAAACCAUCUCAUUUGGGGAGAGGGGUUCGAUUGGAGAGCUACCCGACCGGGGCUUUCUCCCCUAUAAUGAGAGCGCAAAUUGAAAAGAAGUACCAAAACCUUAUACGCAAAGAUCUGAUGGGCGUAGCCAUGGUGGAGCUGGUGGAGCUGAGACUGAUGGACUGGAAGAUGAAGGAGCCAUUCACGCUGAGAGGACAACGCAUCUUCACGGCGCAUGAGUUUCCAAGCUGCUCCUUUGCUGACCUGGAGCACGAAGGCGGUAACAUCGGUCGUGCUCUGCAGGGACCAAUCGGCGGUGCAGCAUGA